AUGAGUUGUAAAAUGAAUAGAAAAUAUAGUCAAGACAUUGACAAGGGUUUAGUUCCCAGCAGACAUCGUCUCACCAUGUGUCAGCUGGCUGUGCAGUCCUCUGAUUGGAUCAGGGUGGACCCCUGGGAGUGUUACCAGGACACCUGGCAGACGACCUGCAGCGUGCUGGAGCAUCACCGCGACCUCAUGAAGAGAGUCACCGGCUGCAUUCUGUCCAACGUCAACACGCCAUCGACGACUCCUGUGAUUGGUCAGCCACAGAACCAGACUCCUCCCAUCUACCAGAACCACAACAACAUGAACCACAAGCCCACAGCCGUCAAACUGUGGGGGAAGAUCAGUGAGAGUUUGGGGAAGAUCUGCUGCGUCCGCCCUCACAUCGAACGCUUCACCUUUGUCGAUGAAAACGCGAACCUGGGGACGGCGAUGAGGUACGAGGAGAUCGAGUUGCGCAUCUUGCUCCUGUGUGGCAGUGAUCUCCUGGAGUCCUUCUGCAUCCCUGGUCUGUGGAAGGACAGUGAUAUGGAGGUGAUCGUGGGGGAUUUUGUCGUGGUGGUUCCUCGUGACGGAGCCGACACAGAGAGGAUCAUGAAUCACUCCUCCAUCCUCCGCAAGUUCAAGGACAACAUCAUUGUGGUAAAAGACGGGAUGAGCCACCCGAUGUCCAUCGUCAGCUCAACCAAGAGCAGACUGGCCCUGCAGCACGGUGACGGCCACGUUGUGGACUACCUGUGUCAGCCCGUCAGAUACAUCCUGCAGAGUCAGCUGUACAUCAACGCCUCCGGAUAAACAACAACCUGCCCGCAUGACAACAGGGAGAGUGGAGGGGGACGGCGGUACCUACAACCCACCAUCGACCCCCCCACUCUGAAAAAAAAAACCCAAAACAACUAAAACUUCCCUUUCUGUCUUCUGUGUCAAACAUAUACUCUUCUUUGAGCUUUCGACCGGAGCGUUAGUGUCCCUCCUUCUGUCUGUGU